AGUGAGGGAGCCCGGUUCAGUUUAGUCCAUGACCAUGACAUGAUUAUGAGGCCGCUGAGCGGUUCCAGCCAUGACUAACCAAACAGCAAAAGCAAGUUCCGAGCUAUAGAGCUCCUUGCCUAAGCGUGUUUUCCUUUGAGAGCUGCUAAUGUCUUCUAACACGCAGGGCAUGUUCCAUUACUAAUACUGGCGCCUUAUCUCACUAAUAGCGAGCAGGCCGCCGUGCGCCUCCCAAUUAAGGCCCAGGCUAAGGCUGGCGGAAGGAGUCCAGGCCGCGCCCGGGACGCCAUUUUGACAUUGUCAAUAGUCUGCCUCACGUGUACCAGCUGGGCCAUUUUUUUUGACGGGAGAUAAUGGCAACCCUAUAUUUAAUACCAUUGCUUGGCUUAUACGACAGGAUGAGGGAACGUUGGUUACGUUUAAAGGGCGCCCUGUGUUAGGGAGAGGGGACUGCAGAAGAACUAAAAUGGAGGCGCGAGGGCCGUGCUCCUUGUAUGUGACAGGGACACUGAAUUAGAGGGGGAGGGAAGCUGCCAUCUGGAGACCUUUGCAAUACAGUGUACAGAGUGUUGCGCCUCUUUACAGGUUUUCCCCAAUGCUAGGGGAAAUGGACUUCUCUCAGUGUUAUCAGAUAACAGAACACCGAGGCUGUCCUGUCCGUCGGUACUUUGUAGUACUCAGAGACUCUUGCGUCAUCUGCACCCCCGCCAACCAACUGCAAUCUAUGCCAGACCACUUUAAUACCCUCAAGGGACUCUGCACGGUGACACUCCAGCUGCUGCAGAACUACAUGUCCCAACAUCCUAUUGGCUGUCUGGAGUGGAAGCCCAACAGCUGGAAGGACGUGUGAGCUUGCCUGGCAAAAUCCCCUACCAAACCCGGCACAUACCCGUCCUUCCUUGCCCUUUCUAUAGCACCCCUGCACUAUAGCAUCCCCCCACUACCUAACUACCCCCACCAGCAGCAGCACACCCUCCUCCUGAAGGUACCCCUCCCCCACUCAGACUCCGCACGCCUCCUCCAGCAAGGGAAAGAGGCAGCAUAGCCCGCUGCGUGCUGUGCGGCGGGGGGAGGUAGUGCAGAGACCGCCGCGGGCUCCAGGCCUAGCGCAGUGUGAUGAGGGGCAGGCGCACGGUAAGGCCGGUUAAUGCCUGCGCAGGAUGGAUGAAGCCUGUGAACUAAGGAGUACUCCAGGCUAUUACAACUCAGCGGAUCCCAAUGUCAAAAGCAAACCGUGCACAGGGGACAGGGGAGUUUUGGAACUACCAAAUGGGUGUAGCAUUCCGCUGAGCUCACCCACACAAAGUGGCAAAUCGGGUUAUGGGCAGGAUCCCCCCUCCCACUACAUUCCUCUGCGCAGACUCCAGGAUCUGGCCUCCAUGAUAAACAUCGAAGGCAUGAAUGGAUCUCAAAACAUGGAGGCCAAUGGAUCACAACCAAAUCCACAGUCCUACUUUUUUACUACAAAUGAGCCAAGAGUUCAUGCCAGUCGCCCAGAAUCUGCUCGUCCAUUCUCUCAAGACCUCAUCGUGAAACCCAAAAAUUUAAAAAAUGGGAUGCAUCCUUAUGAUUCUUAUUGUCACAUUGAAAUGGAUGAGCCACAUUAUGGUACAGAACAGUUGAAUUACAGUCUCGCUGGGCCAGGUUUCGAUGUGCCAGUGUAUGGGCAACAGCCACCAGUGGAGCAAAAUAUUGGGGAGAAUCAAUCUAAAAUAAACCCUACACCUCAGUUUGCAUCAGAAUUAGGGGAUUUAGUUCCACUUGGUUGGACUAGCAAUGGAGAGGACCCAAUGGAAAAUGAAAAUUUAAACACGAAAACGUCUUUUUUAUCAAUGAUUCAGGAUGCUGAAAUUCCAAACGGUGCACCCAUUAAUACUACUCCAGAAAAUGUCGCUCAUGGGGAAUUGGAUCACAGUACAAUUUUACAGUUAGAUGGCAGGAUAAGUGACCAAGGACUGCCAACAGUGGAACACACUGAUGAUGAAUCCGUAUCUGUAGAAGAAGAAGAACUAGAUGAUUUGGAAUCACAUAAUGAGCUAUCUCCAGUUCCAUCAAGAUUACAAUUUGUAAGCAAAUCUUGGUUACCAAGAAGAAAAAAACCUGCUCCUGUAAGGCAUGACGAGGGGGAUGUCGUCUGGGCCAAAUUCAGCCGGCGCCCUUGGUGGCCAUGCAGAAUCUGUGCCAAUUCUGACCCAGAGGGACAACCCCAAAGAAAAGCUUUUAGCAAAAGGCCAUCCCGGAAUUAUUAUGUCGAGACUCUGGGAGAAUUAACUGAGAAGAUCUGGGUUCCUGCAAAAGCACUUGUACCGUACAGGGGGGCACACCAAUUUGAGGGAUUGCCAGAAUUACGGCGGACUCAAAGGCAGGGAGAAAGGUCUUUUAAGCAUAAGGUUCCCCCAAGACUUUUAUCACUAUGGCAGUCCAGUAUAGAACAUGCCCAAGACUGUCUCUUGAGAGGAACUGAGAAGUAUCAAAACAUAGAUAAUGUUGAAGAUAACAAGCAAGAGGCAAAAUAUGGUGCCAAGCAUUCCAAUGGUCCAACUAACAAUUUAUUCAAUGGAUUUGUAAAAUCUUCUUUGUGUAGUAUUGACCUGUCAUCACGCACCGAAACGGACUCACAAAAACAACGUAGACGUUUAAAGCCUAUAAAACAAGUAAAACAUAGAAAAGAGGAAUUAUAUCUCUCAGAUGUUUCAACUGAAGAUUCAAGAACAACAGAUGAACCAGGGUCUCCAGAAUUUUUUAGCGGACAAACUUGUAACUCAAAGUUUGGAAUGGCACCAUCUCAAAAAGAGAGCUAUGUAUCCAAGCCAAGAUCUAAGGAGGUUUGCAGCACAAGUCGUGAAAAAAAUGAAACCUUGUCUUCAAAGAAAUGGAAUAAAAAUGAAGAACUUCUAGAGCAUGAGUUGAGGUUGGAGAGAACAAAGUCUCAAUCGUACAAUGAACAGGAAGAAUUAGAAAAACGUUUAACUGGACACAGAGUUGAAAAUGAACAGGAGGAAAUUAAGCGUUGUCCAAAACAAAGGGUAAGCUCUGUACAAAAGGAGAGAUAUGCUGGCAUGGCUAAAAACAGAAAGCGACUACGAAUUCAUUCUCAAUUAAGUCGUGCAAACAAGAGGCUGGUUGCAUCUUCAUUGGACUCAAGUAAAAAUGUUGAAUGUAGUAAGGAGUUUUCUUUUUCUAAAGACUGGGUUACUGAAGAUUUGGCUCAUGGGCACAGUUCUGUUAAAAACAAACACGGUUCACCCCUUACUAUGGUCUCUUUAUCUGACUCUUGUGAGAACCUGCACAAUUCUUUAUCGGAAGGCGAUGCCCCCAGCCCAUGUCAGUGUCCAAUAAAAGAUGUUCCCAAACUGACUCCUGAAAACAAAAACAGUUUAGCCCACGAUUCCUCAUCCCAAAAGUCACAAUCUGAAAAUGUUCUGGAUUCGAAACUUGACCACAGAUCUGUAAAGGCUUCUCUUAGUAAAACCACACGUCCUGAAGCAAUGAAUCUUUUAAGUAAUAUGCAUGAAAAAUCAUGUGAUUCUAUGAAGAAUGAGACAAAAGUAGUAAACAGUGUUAUAUCUGGUCUCAAAGAACUGUCCUCCAGGUCUCAAAGUGAAGACGGAGCUGAAAAUACAAUAUCCAAACCAUCAACACCUUUGCUUUUCCCUUCAGCUCCAGGGCAAAAUAGAAUUCCUUUGGAACCAGAUUACAAAUUUAGCAACCUGUUAAUGAUGUUGAAAGAUUUGCAUGAUAAUAAAACAAAGGAAAGACCGCUAAUGACUGGACAAAACACUGAAUUGAGCUGUAGCCGCACAUGUGAAGACUCUGUUAAAAGUAGCCCUGACAUCAUGCCUGAGUUAGGUGGUGUUUCUGGUAGCCACAUAUACAAUAAUGAAGUUGGUAUGGUGAAAGAAUCUAACCAUCAAGAUAAACUGGGUGCUAAGGAUCAAACUAAGAUGAUCAGAAAGUCCAGUUCUAAAAAAAACUCCACAUCCCAGAAAAAGCCAUCCUUGGUGUCAAAAAGGGUGGCAAAGUAUAAAAAGGUCCAGAUUUCUUCACAAAAAGUCAGUGCAUCUUCUGAGUGUACAGAGCUAGCUACAAAUUCACAUAAUACCUCGGUGCAGUCGCAGGGUGAGUGUCCUAAUAAGAGCAUAACCCAUCCUUAUCAUUGCAGCACAAGUGAAGUUGGAGCAAGUUACCCAGUGGAAACAGGACCUAACUUAGAACAGAGCAACGAAUGCUCUCGAUGGGAAUCAGAAAAGUGUGUUGCGCCUAAAAAGAGGUGGCAGAAACUCAAAAACAAUGGCCCAGAAAACAGCACAAAUUUUUCGAAUAAGGCCUCUAACAAGUCUAGUUUGUGCAACAAGGAGCAAGAUGUUUCAGAAGUGCCUAAACUGCUGCAGGAUUAUGAUGUUACAUUGGGAGAACCUGAGCUUUCCAGUAUAGUAGCACAGCCAGAAGCUCCUAAGAGAGGGGCAAAUUUUGGAAAGAAAUAUAAAAAAAGGAAGAGAUUUAACAAGCGUUCAAGUGAACAUGUUAAGACAAGCACCCCCAAAAAUAACAAGCAGAAGAAGUUGGGCCUCUCUCUCCAGUUGGAAGUUGGCAAGCAGAAGAACAUUAAAUUAAUCCUUCCUGCUGCAGAUUUUGUGAGUGAAAUUAGCAGUAAAGCAACAUCAUCUUCCCAGUUUGCCAAAAUGGCUAAGGCUUAUUCAAAAGGCACCAAAAGUCCAGAUAAUCAAGAAAACAGUGAUUCCUCUGAGAAAGAGGAACAUGGUCUUGCUUCACCAGAGCAGUCUUUAUCUGAUGGCUUUUCUGAAACUUCAAGUACACCAGCUCAGUCUCAAGUCAAUCCAGUUCGGGAAAACAGGCGCAAGAGCAAACUCAUUCCGAGGGUGUGUGAAUUUGAUGACCUAGAUGAACAGCUUGAGCUUUUGGAGGAAGAUCCAGUACCCCCUGCUAAGAUUGCCAAGACUACUUCAUUCAAGCAUAGUGUCCUAAAGCCAUCUUUCAGGUACAGAGCAGCAUCCAGAGCAUCCAUGCUGCCAGAGAAUCGGAGCAGGCGUAAGAGGAUUCGGCUUGCAGGGAAGUUCAAGAAGAAAAGGAACCGGAUUUCCAGACAGUCUUCCUACUCCUUAGAAGAGCCUCAUGAGAAUGGCAUUGCCAGCUAUAGUGACACUGCUGAGGAGGGCCUGGAACAUGAGCUCACAGGAGCAUACUCAAAGAAGAAUCAAGGCGAACGUAGUGGUGGGGGAGCAGCAAUGAAAGAAAAUGUAUGCCAGGUGUGUGAGAAACCUGGAGAACUGCUGCUGUGUGAGGCCCAGUGCUGUGGAGCAUUUCAUCUGCAAUGUCUUGGCAUGGAAGCCAUGCCACAAGGAAAGUUUGUCUGCACAGAGUGUUCCUCAGGCUAUCACACCUGCUUUGUUUGCAAGGAAUCAGACCAAGGAGUGAAGCGCUGUAUGCUGCCCCUUUGUGGCAAGUAUUAUCAUGAAGACUGUGCCCUGAAAUACCCUCCUACAUCUCAACAAAACAGAGGCUUUCGCUGUUCUCUCCAUAUCUGUUCAACCUGUUACUCCACCAAUCCAAGUAACCCCUCUGCAUCCAAAGGCCGCCUGAUGAGAUGCGUGCGUUGCCCGAUUGCAUACCACGCAAAUGAUUUCUGCCUGCCAGCAGGAGCAGUUACAUUGGCUUCCAACAGUAUAAUUUGCCCCAACCACUUCACCCCAAGGCGUGGAUGCAAGAACCACGAGCACAUAAAUGUCAGCUGGUGUUUUGUAUGCUCAGAAGGUGGAAGCCUCCUUUGCUGUGAAUCCUGUCCUGCAGCUUUUCACAGAGAAUGUCUAAAUAUUGAUAUGCCGGAGGGAAGCUGGUUCUGCAAUGAUUGCAAAGCUGGUAAAAAACCACAUUACAAAGAAGUGGUGUGGGUGAAGGUCGGGAGAUACAGGUGGUGGCCAGCAGAGGUUUGUCCCCCAAAAACCAUUCCAGCUAACAUCCAGAAGAUGAAGCAUGACAUUGGCGAGUUCCCAGUAGUCUUUUUUGGUUCCAAAGACUAUUUGUGGACACACCAGGCCAGAGUGUUCCCAUACAUGGAAGGAGAUGCUCUCAACAAAGACAAAAUGAGCAAGGGGAUGGACGCUGUUUACAAAAAGGGACUGAUGGAAGCUGCAGAGAGGUUUGAAGAAUUAAAGGCCCAGAAAGAAAUGAGACAGUUGCAGGAAGAUAAAAAGAACGACAAGAAACCUCCACCAUAUAAACACAUAAAGGUCAACAGGCCGAUUGGAAAAGUUCAGAUUUUAACUGCAGAUCUUUCCGAAAUUCCUCGUUGCAACUGCAAGGCCACUGAUGAAACCCCAUGUGGGCAGGACUCGGAGUGCAUUAACCGCAUGCUGCUUUAUGAGUGCCAUCCCUCAGUGUGCCCAGCAGGGGAGCGCUGUCAGAAUCAAGCUUUCUCCAAGCGCCAGUACCCAGAAGUUGAAAUCUUUCGAACUUUGAGUCGUGGAUGGGGGCUGCGGUGUAAGACUGACAUUAAAAAGGGAGAGUUUGUCAAUGAAUAUGUGGGUGAAAUGAUCGAUGAAGAGGAAUGCCGUGCCCGUAUCCGUUAUGCCCAAGAGCAUGACAUCACAAACUUCUACAUGCUUACACUAGAUAAGGACCGUGUGAUUGAUGCAGGGCCUAAGGGUAACUUUGCACGUUUUAUGAAUCACUGCUGCCAGCCUAACUGCGAGACUCAGAAAUGGACUGUGAAUGGUGAUACAAGAGUUGGGCUCUUUGCUCUGUGUGAUGUCAAAGCAGGGAUAGAGCUAACGUUUAACUACAACUUGGAGUGUCUUGGGAAUGGAAAGACUGUUUGCAAAUGUGGAGCACCAAACUGCAGUGGUUUUCUCGGAGUGCGCCCAAAGAAUCAACCAGUGUCAUCUGAGGACAAGGGUAAAAAGCGGAAGCAAUAUGUGAAACGUAAAAAAAGUGAGGUAGUCAAAGAACACGAAGAUGAGUGUUUCAGCUGUGGAGAUGGCGGACAGCUCGUAUCUUGCAAGAAGCACGGUUGCCCUAAAGUAUACCACGCAGAUUGCUUGAACUUAACCCGUAGGCCAGCUGGUAAGUGGGAGUGUCCUUGGCAUCAGUGUGACAUUUGUCACAAGGAAGCUGCUUCUUUAUGUGAGAUGUGUCCAAGCUCUUUUUGCAAGCAGCACCGUGAAGGCAUGCUCUUCAUCUCUAAGCUUGAUGGACGGUUAUCUUGCACAGAUCAUGACCCAUGUGGGCCUCAUCCCUUAGAGCCAGGAGAAAUUAGGGAGUAUGACUCCUCUAAUGAACAGAAUGAUUCUGCUGGCCCCUCACUUCCAAAGAAACAAACACUGGAGAGAAAGGAGAACACAUCAUCUUCCAAUUCACACAAAAAAAAUGUUUCACUGACAGAAGUGUUGCUUACACCUGCAGCAGCUGGUUCCCCAUCUGGUGGGAAUGUGGUUCUGGCCCUUGAGCAAAACCCAAAACACGAUCGCAAGAAAAAUGUGGUGUCUGUUGAGCAAAAACCAUUGUCUGCUGGUAAAAUACUCCUUGCAUCUGCUGGGCAGAAGUGUACAAGUGGCAAUAAGUUAUUACUUGCCUCAGCAAUUCAGAAAUCAUUGCCUGCUGGGAAGGUGGUCUUGACCUCCUUGGGGAAGAAAACAUUGCCCGUUGGUAAAGUAUUGUUGGCUUCCAUUGGAAAGAAACACCUCUCUGCUGGGAAAGUUCUGCUGACCUCUGUUGGGAAGAAUUCACCAUCUGUUGGUAGGAUGCUUUUAUCCACACCAGGGAAGCAUUCAUUACCAGCAGGAAAGGUUUUGUUAGCAUCAUCUGGAAAAUAUACAACAGCAGCUAAAGUUCUGUUGGCCUCUGCUGCCAACCAGCAUGCAUCUGCAGAAAGGAAUCAGUUGGAUGGAAACAAGGCAGAUAAACAGAAUGAUGUUAAAGACACCCAGCAUUCAUCAGACUCUGACACUAAACAUCGCAUAACUAAAAAGCCACUUAAUAACCCAUCUAAAGAUAAGUUAAAUGCUACUAUGGAGCAACCAUUGUCUCCAAACCACACAGCUGGGUUUCAGAAACCUAUAAGCCCUUGCAAAAAGGAAAGAACCUGUACUCCAUCCCGCACAGGGAGGCCUAAAGAAUAUCAGCAUGUUCAACCAGACAAUGAAGCUCAUCCUAAGACACAUUUAAAGAGGUCAAACUUGCCAACCUCUCGAAACUCCCUGAGCGCACAUAAAGAGAGGUUUCAAAUUUCAUCCAAAAAGGAAGGGUCUGUCCGAACCAGCCAGGUAGAGAACCAUGCAACUCUAAUAAAAGAUUCUCCUUCUCCAACUAUAAAGAAGAAGCCCACUGCACCAAGUGAAAGAUCUUUAUCUGCAACAAAAUCCCCUUCUAACCCAGCACCUCCAGAGAACUCAUCGGGCACUAGAGAAAUAUCUUUUACAGUUGCCUCCUCAGAAAAAACAGUUAGCACUUCAGAAAAGUCACUCAGCUCUGUUGUACAAGAGAAGACUAGUUCCACUGAACCAAGCCUUUCUUCAAAUUGCCAGCCACCAUUACUGUCCAGUCAUUGUCAGAGUGCUUCCCGGUGCAAAGAAAAGUAACAUUUUGUGAAGGCUGGUGUGAAAUCACUAGGGGGUUAUGCUGCACAUAGUAUUCUGAGAAUGAAGAACUCUUAUGGAAUAGUUAAAUAAUGUUUUUGAAGUGGUGAUUAUAUUAAGAACCACCUUUUAAGACAAGUUGACCAUUGCAUUCCUUAAAAUGUAUUUGCAGCAAUCCCUGACCCCCCUUUUAUAGUAAAAGGGUUAAGAAGCAAGAUGACACUAUGGCCAAAGGCAGUGAAGUGUUUGCCGGCUGAACUCCCAUACCUCAUCUGUGAAUGUGUGUGCUGUCUGGUUAAUAUCACAGAAAUCUGCUUUAUGAUGUAAAAAAAACAAGCAAUUCGGUAGACAUGUCAAGCUCAGCUGAUCUUAGAAUCAUAGGGAUGUCCAAUGGCAAAUAAAACAGAGAGGUGCCUUAUUCCAGUGAAAUGUAGUAAACUGUUGAGGAAGAACUUCAGGGAGCUUUUUUUUUCAAAUGGGCAUUGGAUGAGAUGAUUGAGCUUCUUGGAGUAGCGUUCUUCAGUUGUGCCUGGUAUCAUCCUGCUAGUUCUAAUUGCAUGUUCAAACUGGCUAGAAACCUUUAUGUAAUAAUUUUUGAAGCCUUUUUUAACCAUUGCCAAAAAAAACAACCCAUGAACUUCCUGGUCACAGUUUCCAGUUUGGCAAAGUUUUCUGCAGCAUAUAUUAGGCUUCAUUUGCCUUUUUGCAUCAUAUAGCCUCCAUCCACUAAAUCAGGGCUUCUCUAACUUCAAGUGGGACGGGCACCUUUUUAAAAAGUAUAGGUAACUGAUAUCUCCCAGUACCAACCCUCCACCCACCAAAUGGUCAGGUCUCGCUAUAUGGUGCAUUCAGUAGCUUUCAGAUAGUCCUUUUAUAUCUAUAAUGAAGCCGGUAGAGAACAGUGUCUCACUAGAAAGAAGUUAAGAGUUAGGAAGCUAUUCUGGAAGGAAAGGAAAUGCUUUAUUGGUAAGUAAGUUCUACUGUAGGACUGCAGCCUUCAAGAGAGCUUACCCUAUGAGCUGGCUAGGGAUCCACAGACAUUUCUCGCUCCCAUAUAUGACUGUGUUUUCUUUGGGAAGCGUACAGUGUUUUGAGGGUUUUCUUCUGAACUACAAUUAUUUGAGUUUACAGUCCAGAGUGGUCUGAAUGUGUUGUUAGGCACAGUUCAGGAUUUAUGUGGUGCUAAGCCAAAAGCUUUUAGGUGACGUUGUGUAAAUAAAGCCUAUAUUGUAUCUUAGUGGUACAGUUUAUUAUAAAUGGCCCUUUCUCAGAUUUGAUGAGCUGAGAGUAGUAAUAGCUUUAUGGAUGUGCAUUCACAUAUAUCCCUAACGCAGCACACGUGACUCCACAAAAUCACAAAUUUCCCAGUCGACAGAAAUUUAUUCUGCCUUUGCUGAAUAUAAGCAAUCUUACGCUGGAAAUCAUGGUGCUACAGGCAGCUGUGUGUAGUGUUUUACUGUAUUUAAUAUAUAUAUAUAUAUAUAUAUAUAUAUAUCUUUUUUUAUUUUAAACCAAAACCUUGUUGUGAAUCUUGGUGUUGGUGCCUGUACCAGUGCCUCAUUGAUGUGACCGAUCCAGAGAUUCAUUUUGUGUUGAUGUCUCCUGCCUUUUUUUUCCCUGAUCCUUGCACAGUAGUUAUGGAUUAGGAGUUGAAAAGAAAGCUGGCAUUCAUUAGCUUGUUGUUUUUUUUUUUAAUUUUUAUUUUUUUAAAUAAAUUAAAAGAUUAAACACCACAUGAUUUUAGCCUUCAGUUGCACAUAAAGCAAUUGUCUUUUAACAGAUUGUGUGUUGCCCAACACUCUGAUGCUGCAUAUUUUCUUCCUUGGGUUGGCAUAUACCCUGCUAUAACUAUCUGGAAUAUAGUCGCUGCCAUGUAAAGUUCCCCCUUCAAGGUGGUGACUUGGCACUUAGUCUUGCUCUCUGGCAUCUAGCUAGCAUCUCAUGGUAUCGGCCUAAAAUGAAAGCCCACAUUGCUUGGUUUUUGGACCAGAUUGAGUCAUAAAAAGGAUGAGGACACCAUUGCCCUGCCCACUGGACAUCUUAGGGACUUAAGGCUGAAGUUGCAGGAAAUACAGAUCUAAGAUGUUUUGUUAGGCUAUUUCCUCAGUUCUUUACUUUCCCAACAAUUUGAUAUUGGCUUCAAUGGGAAACAUUUGUUAAUGUUUGUCUUAUACAAUGUGAAAGAAUACUCAAAGAACAAGCCCUGGGAAAGAUCCUUGCCAUCCUAUCUGUUAAACAUAGAUCAACCAUCAUUAAUGUUUGCCCACUGCUGCUGAACCUUUAAGUCAAGCUCCUCCAUGUUCUCAACGAUCAGAAAACGCCAAGCAUCAUGAUACAAGAGACUGCUCUUUCUCUCCGUUUUACAGAAAUGUAAAAUCUGUCUUGCGGGCAUCUUGGAAUGGGGUGGUACUAUUUUAGGGGCUAACAUGGACGGAAGGCCAAUACAUGACUUGGUGGCUCCUACAUCUUCCUCACAUUCCACCUUGUUCAUGGAUCGUGAAAUGGUGCUACUUGAUUCUGGAGCAUUGUAUUUGAUCAUCUGACAUGAUUGUGGCUUUUAACACUGUAUGUCAUUCAAGGGAAGGAUCACAUCGUAUAUUUUCUCACCUUUUUUUUGUUACUGUCCCUGUUUUACUAAGUUCUUGCAUUUUCUGUCACUAAUGGAAGAUAUCUCUUGACUCUUCCAUGAAUAUGUACUGUAAUUCUUUGUAUAUAGAAGAAAAAUACUGUAAAGUUUAAAUUGA